GUGUGCCAGAGUAAGAAGAGAGAGAGAAAAAGAGGAUCUCAGAAAGCUGUGUCCUUGAGAACUGCAUCACAACUCUUUGAAGAGAGCCUGGAGAAGUGUCUCAGGAGUGAGGACAGCUUGCAGCAGACACCCGGCAAGAAGAAUAUCAGGAGUUACACCAACACCGUGCGGCUGAGCAGACGAGGAAUGUGGCUGUAUGUGUAUGAACAAAUGAACUUAUCGAAGGGGCCAUUGGUGAACAGCAGCAGCGAAGAAAACUCCAAGUCAACAUAUGUUAAAUGUGGCGCCGGCGCCUGGAGGAUGCACCAGAGCUACGAUUCACUAGAAGCCAACCACAUGAGAGACGCACAUGCCCUCUACAACCCCAGGCUUCUCUGCAGAAUGUCCAGUAAGGAGCGCCACCUAGAGUCGAAUUGUCCGUCCUCUUACAUAAAGACUGAACCAUCAAGUCCUGCCUCUCUGACUGACAGUCUAAACCAUCACUCCCCUGGUGGCUCCAGCGACGCCUCUGGGUCUUACUCAUCCACCAUGAACGGCCACCCCAACGGCUUGGACUCUCCAAGCCUUUACGGUUCCAACGCAGGAUCCCUGGGACCUGCUGGAGGCCCAGGAUCGAAACGUUACGAGGACUGUUCAUCCACUAUUGGGGAAGAUACACAAAUUAAGUGCGAGUACAUGUUGAAUUCCAUGCCGAAGAGGUUGUGCCUGGUGUGCGGGGACAUUGCGUCAGGGUACCACUAUGGAGUCGCGUCGUGCGAGGCCUGCAAGGCGUUCUUCAAACGCACCAUUCAAGGCAACAUUGAGUACAGCUGUCCCGCUACCAACGAGUGUGAGAUCACCAAGAGAAGACGCAAGUCAUGCCAGGCCUGCCGCUUUAUGAAGUGUCUGACUGUGGGCAUGCUGAGGGAGGGUAAGGGAAAAGGUGUUCGUCUGGACAGGGUUCGCGGUGGAAGACAAAAAUACAAACGCCGAAUAGAUGCAGACAACAGCCCGUACCUGAACCCACAGCUGGCUUUGCCCCCAAAAAAGCCAUUUGCCUUUGGCUGCCUUGCAGAUAAC